AUGAUCAUCGGAGGAUCACAGUACUGCAAUGAUACGGUUUCGGCCAUCAAGGCUUACCAGCGUAAAGCUGAAACAAGUGCGAACUGGCCGACCUGGUGCCCGCCCCGAGACGUUCAAAACAGUGCAAUCGUCUUCGAGGAGGAAGAAACUGGCGGGAUAGACCAGCCUCACUGUGAUCCACUCGUCAUAGACCUUGUCAUCCGAGACCUUGAAGUCGCCAGAAUCCUUUUGGACACCGGAAGCACGGUUAAUGUCAUCUUCCGCGACACCCUUAAGAGGAUGAACAUCGAGCUCGGCAAAGUCGUACCGAUACCGAAACCACUAACUGGUUUCUCAGGCACGACAUCAAUGACCCUCGGGUCAAUCAAGCUUCCAGUCAUGGCGAAAGAGGUAACGAAGAUAGUCGACUUUGCAGUGGUCGAUCAUCCAGCCAUCUACAACGUCAUCGUGGGAACUCCUUGGCUCAACGCUAUGAAGGCAGUCCCAUCUACCUAUCACUUGGGCGUCAAAUUCCCAACCCAGAACGGAAUUUCUGCGAUCUGGGGAUGCCAGAAGCAGUCACGGCUUUGUUUUCUCGCUGAACAUAAGCUGACACAAAUCACAGAGACCGCAAAACCGAAACGAGCGAAGAUAACUCAGCAUCUGGCUGAAAACGCUUCAAAAAAAGAUGAUGCAACAUCGUCCCCGGCGACGGACCUAAAACAGCAGCAUGCUAGUCACGAUGCCUUCACCCAACCGGAGGAGACAAAUCCGGAAAAGGCCGUCGACCCAUCUAAAGUCAGCAUGACUGAAACGAUCGACGCGACCCCCGAAAAUGAGUACACCUACUCGCGGCCAAAACAGAACUAUGAGAUGGCUUGA